AAUUAGGGAAGGGGAGCAAACAGAAAGAGCUUGUGGAGUUUUGUGCUUUUAUCUUGUUAGCUCACAUAUUCCGUCUCUUUCCUCCCUGUAUGUGACGCUGUCUGCCCACCCACUCUUGAGAGUGUGAGAGAGGGAGAGAGAGAGAGAGAGAGAGAGGAGGGACACCAAGCAGCACAGAGAGCCAGUCUGUUUCCAGCUCCCACUUCACUGUAGCUCUUCUGCCAGACAGGACUCAGCCAUCCACCAUCACACACGCUCUCUCUCUCUACACGACAGCUGACAACACCUUGUGCAGAUUCUUCAGCUGCACCACAGGCUCACACAUCUCAAGAUUCAAGAGAAAGAGAGAGAGUGAGUGAAAACCCUGACUCAAUUUUGUGCUGCACACACAAACGCAGACACACCACCAGCUCUGAGGAGGCUGGUCCGAGGUUGGAAAAGGUGACUCGAGCAUGGAAUGGAACCUCAGAAGGAUGGAAAGUGAACUGAGGCACAUCAAUCCAGAUCUGCUGCAACCCAGCAAGAGCUUCAAGAAGCCGUCCUCGGGCACCAUCACCCUCAAUGUGGGCGGGUUCCUCUACACUGCCCACCGGACCACGCUGUCCAAACACCCGGGCUCCUACCUGGAAGAGUUAGCCAACGGUAAGAAGCCGGUUCAGCACACUGACUCCAUGGGUAACCCGUUCAUUGAUAGAGAUGGUCCGGUUUUUCGCCAUGUGCUCAAUUUCCUGCGAACUGGAGAGCUCCAGCUGCCCGACGACUUCAGGGAGGCGGGGCUCCUGCGACGGGAAGCCAACUUCUACCACCUGAGCGAACUGGUGGAGGCCGUGGUCGACUGGGAGAGUCAGAGGGCAGCCCAGCGAGAGCCCGCGUUUCUGGAGGUGACGGAUAGCCACGAGAGGUCACAGGGCCUCAAGGUGUACUGCAGUGACCCCACCUUCAUCGAGAAGGUCAAGGGGCGACUGGUGCAGAUCUCCAAGAGCCGCCUGGACGGCUUUCCGGAAGAAUUCGAGGUGUCGUCCAACGUGAUCCAGUUCAGGCACUUCAUCAAGUCGGAGAGCGGCUCGAGGCUGGUUCUGAAGGAGGACAGCACAUUCUUGUGCACACUCGAUUGUCUUAAAUUAGAGGCAGUGAUGCUUGCACUAAAAUCGGGCUUCAAGCUGGUCACCAGCCUCGACAGCAGCAAAGGAUCUGUGGUGGUGGCUGAGGCCCUGCACUUCGUCAAGUAGGAUGGUGGCAAAAAAAACAGAGAGAGAGAGAGAAGGAGAAAAGAGUUGUGCCUGAUUCCAUUUCCACCCUGCUAUUGUAAGGUAUCGGGUUGAAGAUCUUGUAACAUGUAAUGUGUCAUGGUUUGGUAGAAGGAAAUUAGGUGGUGGACUGUCUCAUAGGAUAAUGUUAAAGUGAUAGUUCAGAUUUUUGGGUUGUAUGAGGAAUCAACUGCAAACUGAUGUUUGUGUCGCUUUGUAAAGCACGCACUCUUUGCACCAAAGUCUACAGAGAAAAUCAGCAAUAUCAGUAAGUUGAGAUGUGUUUUUUUUGGUUUGUUUUUUACGUUUGUGUUCAAAAUCCUUUGUUCCGAUUUACUGAAGUGACACAAACUUACCAAAUGAAGCAGUAGACAGUAGUAGCAGCUCCUACUGUAUGUCCCUGCAAACUAAAAACACAGAUUUUCUCAAUAGACUUUGGUAUGGGAGAAUGAUGGGAUUACAAAUUUCAGUUUCCAGUCAGAAAUGAUAUUGGAGACUUAAGCAGGCAAAGAUUAUGAGGUGAGCCUUUUUUUUUUUUUCUUAAAUGGCUAAAAUCAGUUUUCAAGUCCCUGAUGGCAGCUAUUUGUCAGUGAGAGCAAGCAUCAGUUCUAAGGCUGGUUCUGAAAGUCAGCGUACGAUCAGCAUCUCUUACAACCACCCUUUAAAAAAAACAAAAAAAAAACCUGAACUAUCCCUUGAAUACCUUUACUGCACAGUUUGGGCAUACACACACACACACAGGACGUGACAGAAAGACUCGUUGACACUGACCUCUGUACUGCUUUGUGAGCUAGUAAUUAUAGAUUUGAGAGAAACUAACAUUGACAUCAGCAUCAGUGGUUUCUAAAUUGGAUGUGAUUUCACACACACACACACAAGUAAAACUGUCAUAAAGUGACACUGAAUCCAAGAGACAAAAGGUGUCAAACCGAGACUCUCGCCGUCAACAGCAUAAUCAGUUGAUUUGUCUCCGCACAAUAAACGCUUCUGCUGCUGCUGCUUCAUCGAAAACCAGCCGUGAUGUGCACCGUCGUGCCAUUCAGCUUUUACUACGGUGCGCGUGUGAGCGCUCGUAAAUGUGUGUGUGCGUUUGUGAGCCGUGUUAAAGUUGGUUUAAUGGCUUGUGUUUAGUUUAUUAGCCCAAAGGAUCCCGAGGUGGGGGGGUGGGGGGUUGAAUCCACAUCAGACUGAACCGGAGCUAAGUGUCUCACACGUCGACCAGUGCGAAGAACCACGGUUACUGUAAGGGCUUUGAAUCUAGCAUGAUGCAUGUGCACUGAAUACACUGUGUGUUUGUUAGUGCUGUGAGCGUCUGUGAAGCCAGUGCCACAACGAUGUCGACGACUUUUCAUUGUGAAUAUUUGACAAAUAAAGGUGACGCUGAAACUA